AUGGGAGUUCUGUCUACUAAAAUUGACCGAGAGCAGCUGAAUCCUGGAGAUCACAUAUAUUCAUGGAGAACCGCAUACAUUUAUGCCCAUCACGGUAUAUAUAUUGGCGAUGGAAAAGUGAUCCAAUUCGCCAAAGGAUCAAAACCUGAUCAUAAACUUAAUCAGGAAAGCGACACCAGCACACUAAGCAUCAUGGACAAGAACAAGUACCAUGUUAACAUGUUCAAUAACUCUCGUCAAUCCACAAGAUCAAGAACCACUCCUUGCCCUAAUUGUGGUUUUCUAAAGAUUGAUUUUGGUGUAAUCUCCUCUUGCCUAGACUGUUUCCUUUGGGGAGGAGAACUCCACCUCUUCAAGUACGGCGUCAGCGCAGCUUUCUUCCUCGCCAUAGGGCGAAGCGGAACAUGCUCGCUGGCUGCCUCAGACGCCGCGGAAGACGUCCUCUACCGUGCCCAAUACCUUCUAAAAACUGGUGAAUUUGGUGCUUACGAUCUUUUUCGGAACAACUGUGAAGACUUUGCCGUGUAUUGCAAGACCGGGCUGCGUGGAGUCAUGGUUACUAGAACUGGAGUUGGCAUAAGUGGGCAGGUGGUAUCUUUGCUAGCGGCCAGCGGCUCUUUGGUUUUUUCGUUGCAACUUCUGUUGGUGAGUAGUGCGGUGGGUUGUCUUGGUGGCUUUGUAGCUCUCGGUGUCGGCAUUUAUUGUGUUGGUCGACUGAAUUUUGAUGUUGGAGUUCGGUGUGAUGUUACUAAAGUUAAAGUUGAGAGCCUUAAUGUAAUUGAUUGCGGUGGUGAUGAUUUUUAUAUAUAG